GUAGAAAGCUCAAUGCUCGUUUCCCUGCAUUUGUCUCAAUGGCCACCGCUCCGAAAGCACGUCCCAGCCGAGAGUGAGAGCUGCGGCUGUGAGCAGGGGACUUCUGCGGGCAACUUUUCUCUCAAGAAGCGCGGUUUGGGAUUUACGUUACGUGGUGGAAAAUAAAACCUUUACUUGGGGACAAUCUGUGGAGCAGAGGAGAAUCACGGACCUGACCAGAAAUCCCUGACGCCGUAGAGUCCCUGUUGUCCCUCCGUCAUGGUUGAACCGGUAGACCGCCCCUCCACAGCGGGACAGAGGCUGAGCGCCCCAGAGAGCUUUGGAGUGUCGACUCUGGAGCCCGGCCUACGCCCUCCCGCCCAGCCUCCAGGAAGACUAGUGUCCAUCCGGGUACAGAUGCUGGACGACACACAGGAAGUUUUUCAAAUAUCGCAACGCUCCACCGGUAAAUACCUACUUGACCUGAUAUGCGUUCAUCUCAACCUCACCGAAGGGGACUAUUUCGGGUUGGAGUACCAAGAUCACCGCAAGAUGAUGGUUUGGCUGGAUUUGCUGAAGCCUACUCUCAAACAGAUCAGAAGGCCCCGAAACACCAUCCUGCGCUUCGUGGUCAAGUUCUUCCCUCCCGACCACACGCAACUCAUGGAGGAACUCACAAGGUAUUUGUUUGCGCUCCAGGUUAAACGGGAUCUGGCGUGUGGACAUCUUGUUUGCAAUGACACAAGUGCAGCCCUAAUGGUUUCCCAUAUUAUUCAGUCGGAGAUAGGGGACUUCGAUGAGACACAAAGCUGGCAGCAUCUCCUACACAAUAAAUAUCUGCCCGACCAAGACGCCAUCAGGGACAAGAUUAUGGACUGUCACCGCAAGCACGCUGGGCAGACACCCGCUGAAUCAGACUACCAACUGCUGGAAAUUGCCCGGCGUUUGGAGAUGUAUGGCAUUCGUCUACACCCGGCGAAGGACAGAGAGGGGACUAAGCUUAACCUGUCAGUGGCUCACACCGGGGUGCUAGUUUUCCAGGGGUACCUGAAAAUAAAUGCGUUCAAUUGGUCCAGGAUUCGCAAACUCAGCUUCAAACGCAAAAGGUUUCUUAUCAAGCUGAGAGCAGACCCCGCUCAAAAUGCCCACCAUGACACUCUGGAGUUUGCCAUGGCCAGCCGGGAUUGCUGUAAAAUUUUCUGGAAGAUUUGUGUAGAAUAUCAUGCUUUCUUCAGACUUUUUGAGGAGCCAAAACCCAAACCCAAGCCUAUUCUUUUUACGAGAGGGUCCUCUUUCCGCUUCAGUGGUCGAACCCAAAAGCAGAUCAUUGAUUACGUUAAAGACUCCGAUGUUAAGAAGAUCCCAUUUGAAAGGAAGCACAGUAAGAUUCUGUCCAAUAGCGCCGUGCCCUCCCAGUCCUCCUCAUUCAGGUCACAAGUGCCAAGAGAGAGUGCGAUGUCCAUCCCGCUAGCGGACCAGACCGACUCCACCAGACUAUCCGAACUGAAUGGCAGCCAGCAGAUCGCGGUGACCAACAACAACGGAUUCCACGACUUCCUGGCACCGUCCAAACCGCCAAAUCACCACGGCAACGGGUCGGCGCCGGACCAGCACCUCCUUAAUCCAGGCAGCCCAGGUUCAGAGGACUCUCCCCUGGGAAGCCCCCACGUGGCUGUUAACGGUACUGCUCCGGUGAACGGGCAAGAUGGCAACAUCCACGGUUCUGUGCCACAAAGCCCAGACGCCCGCCAGCUGUCUCCCCUCACCAGCCCGCUACUUACCGAAGCUGGCUAUGUCCGCAACGAGGAUGAGGAGGAAGCCAGGAGAAAGAAGUUUCCCACAGACAAGGCGUACUUCAUCGCCAAAGAACUGCUAACCACCGAGCGGACCUACCUCAAAGACCUGCAAGUCGUCACUGAGUCUUUCCAGAAUGCAGUAGCAAAUGACGAAGCCUUCUCAAAUUCAGUCAAGAACCUUAUCUUGGCCAAUUACGAACCCGUCUACAAGUUCCACGAGGGAUUUCUGAAGGAAGUGGAGCAGAGACUUGCACAAUGGGAGGGUCGAUCCAAUGCCCAUAUUAAAGGAGAUUACCAGAGGAUAGGAGAUAUUCUUUUAAAAAAUAUCCAGGGCUUACGGCAACUUACUGUCCAUCUUCAAAAACAUUCCGAAUGCCUGGUUGAACUGGAGAAGCUGUGUCGAUCUGUGCGUAAAGUGGAGACGUUAUGUAGAGAGUUUGAGCAACAGCGUGUAUGCUACCUUCCGUUCAAUGUCUUCCUCCUUCGACCCCUGCACCGCCUUCUUCACUACAAACUCAUCCUGGAAAGACUUUGUAAGCACUACCCGCCCACGCAUGAAGACUUCAGGGACUGCAGAGCGGCCCUGGCAGAGAUCUCCGAAAUGGUGUUGCAACUUCAGGGCACCAUGAUGAAGAUGGAGAACUUCCAGAAGCUUCUCGAGCUGAGGAAAGAUCUGACGGGCAUUGACAUCCUGGCUAUACCUGGAAGGGAGUUCAUCCGGCUUGGCUGCCUCAGCAAACUAUCAGGGAAGGGCCUACAACAGCGCAUGUUUUUCCUGUUCAGUGAUUGCUUAGUCUACACCAGUCGUGGGAUGACCGCAGCCAAUCAGUUUAAAGUCCACGGACAGUUACCCCUCUAUGGAAUGACGAUCCGUGAAAGUGAAGAAGAAUGGGGAGUGCCUCAUUCGUUCACGUUGUUUGGGCAGAGACAGUCAGUGGUAGUAGCUGCAAGCUGUGGGUCCGAGAUGGAGCGAUGGGUGGAGGACAUCAGGAUGGCUAUAGACUUGGCGGAACAGAGCAGCCUUACACCUUCAGACCUGCUCCCGUCCAGCCCCACAGACAACAAGCUGUCAGGGGAAGGCGGUGCGGAGCAUGAGUCUGAGGAGGAGCUCAGCGGCUCACGCACGUCUCUGGAGCGCCAGGGUCACCGCGGCAACACCACCGUACACGUGUGCUGGCACCGCAACACCAGCGUCUCCAUGGUGGACUUCAGUGUGGCUGUGGAGAACCAGCUCUCAGGAAACUUGUUGCGGAAGUUUAAGAACAGCAACGGCUGGCAAAAACUGUGGGUUGUCUUCACCAACUUCAGCCUGUUUUUCUACAAGUCACACCAGGACGACUACCCUUUGGCCAGUCUCCCUCUGCUGGGCUACUCUGUCACCGUCCCGUCUGAAUCCGAAAAUAUUCACAAAGAUUAUGUUUUUAAACUGCAUUUCAAGUCCCACGUGUACUACUUCAGAUCAGAGAGCGAGUACACGUUUGAGAGGUGGAUGGAGGUGAUUCGUAGUGCCACCUGCUCUUCCAACCGCUCCGUCACCAGAAAAGACCUGUACUGAUCCUGACGUCGAUCCCGCACAAAUGCCAUUGAACCAAUAUUAAAUGACUCAAGAAUCACAAGACCUUAACACUUUCUUAUGUAAAACACUACUUUGCACAAUCUAGCACCAUACCGGUCUGUAAUUUGAUCAUUUUAGUCUUAUCUGGCAACAUUCUGUAAAUACAAUUGAUUUUAACUCUCCCAACAAGAUUUCACAUGUAUUAUAAUUUUAAAUCAUCUCAAAUUAAAUCUACAGUAAGCGCUGGUUACACUGCCAAAAAAAUUAUGUUUCGAGUUUCUUUUUCGUAAUAUUUGUACAGAAUUGAAAUUAGACAAGUUGUUGUGGAGACUUUUGUAUGACAAUCUCUGAAAUUUGAUAAACGUAAAACUGCCAUAAUGUUUAACCAGCUUUUGUACAGUUCUUGAUACACUGUGAAAUGUCAAACGUAACACUCAUUCUUAAAAAAAAUAAAUCUUUGUUCCCAUGGAGAUCAUUCUUCAUCAAAUGCCAAAUACAUUCACUCAUGUUGGAUUUUUAUAAUGUUAAAUAAAAGACUAUAAUUAUG